AUGGUACAGACGCAAUUCUGUAAGAAGGUCAAGUUCGUGCGACACGACGGAGCUCGCGAGUUUGCAACCUCGCUUCAGCUGUUCUACGAAGACGAAGGCAUUGAACAGCAGACAACGGUGCCGUAUGCACAUCAAACAAACGGAACAGCAGAGCGUGUCAUUAGUGUUGAAAAGACAGCGGCUGUGAAGAAGACACCUCGUCAAGCUGCGUCAAGUGUUGAAGCAAGUGGAAGACCAAGCUUCGCUAUACCGGUGGGUACCGGUAUGUACCAGUAA